AUGUCUCAAAAGUGGAACGGCGUCAAGGCUGAGAGCGAAGCCUUCGCAGCUGAGGUGCGUGAGAUAGAAGCAUGGUGGCAAACGGACCGACAAAAGCAUAUCAAGAGGCAAGUACCGUUGCCGUUCAUGAAUCUCCAAUAUGGUAACAUUAACAGGCCUUACACUGCAAAUUCCGUUGCUGCCCUACGAAAUAUCGGAUUCAAGAUCGAAUAUCCGUCAAGUAUUCAAGGCAGGAAGUUAUGGCGCAUCCUCAACGAGCACAAUGCCAAUGGCACGUAUGAGUUGACAUUCGGCACAACUGAGCCAUUGAUCGCGAAGGAGAUGGCUAAAACAAUGCAAACCGUAUACGUAUCUGGGGCGUUGUGCGGACUUUCCCAGGCAAUGUGGCCUGGAGAGGAUCAUGCAGACUACCCAGCGGACCUUGUGCCGUCCGUCGUAAAGCGAAUCUUCAAUACCCAGCUCUUCCACGACCAGCGCCAAACCCAGUUACGGAUGCGAUACUGUGAAGUCGAUCGCGAGUCUCUGGAGUGCAUUGACUACAUGCUCCCCAUUGUAGCUGAUGCUGACAUGGGCUUUGGAACUUUGACUGGGUGCAUGAAGCUCACCCGAAGUUUCGUUGAGGCCGGUGUUGCUAUGAUACACAUUGAUGAUCUGGCCAUGGGUCUAAAGAAGUUUACUAAUGGCGAAGGAAGGACGAUCGUACCUACAUCAGAGUACUUAUCGCGACUCACAACUGUGAGAAUGACUUUUGACAUUAUGGGAGCAGACACCAUGUUGCUUUGUAGAUGCGACAGCGAUCAUGCGGAGUUCAUUACAAGGCAAGCCCCAACGGUUAGAUGGACUCGGCAACCAUCAAAGGCUAACCUUACAUUUAGUGUGAUCGACCCUCGCGACCACCCCUACGUACUUGGAGCUACCAACUCUACACUCUCCUUCAUACAGUCAUUAGAAGAAGGAAAAAGGACCGGUAGAGAUUAUUUGACCGUAAAGACAGAGUGGAAAGCCUCCGCAGGGUUAAUGACUUUUGAUGAAGCUGUUAAACUCGCCGCAACUGAGGAGCAAUAUGAGGCUUACAUUCAAAAGAUUGGUCAUGGAACUGUAGCUUUGCAGGACCGACGAGCGGCUGCCAAGCUUGUAACUGGAAAAGAUGUUGUUUUCGACUGGGAGCUUCCGAGAACACCCCUUGGCCAGUACAUGUGGCAAUGGAGCACAAAGGCUGUCAUCGAUAGAUGUGUUCUUGCGGCCCCUCUAGGAGAUGUUACAUGGAGUCGCCAAGACAAGGAAGACAUGCAAGAGUUCCACACGGCCUUGAGAAAAGUGUACCCCAAUCGCCUCUUCGCCUUCGGAUACACCGGUGCGUAUGACUUCGGCAAGGGCGGUUACUCGCCAGAAGAAGUCGAAACCUUCCCCACGGAUAUCGCCAAGAUGGGCAUCGUAUGGCAAGUGCAGCCAAUCUGGGCCACGCAAGGUUUGAGUCUGCACGCCAAACAGUUUGCGGAGAAAUUCAAGAAGGAAGGUAUUGCCGGUUAUAUGCGGGAUGUAGCCACUCCUGCGAUUGCAGGCAUGGCCACAGAUAAGUACGGUAAACCGACUUCUCGUGGUGGAUAUCUUGCAGAUGCGUUCUUUGACAUUGUCGCAGGAAGUGAGAUCACUGAGCAAGUCUGA